UGUUGUUGUGGGGGCCCUGGCGGUGCUACAGAUUCAGAAUACUUUAUUCCAUUUGUGACAGUGGUUAUUCUUAUUACAUGGAUAGUGGUCUUACGCAGAGUGACGAGCUGUUCUCCAUCUGCACUGAUCCGGUGUUCAUGUCAGUACGAACAGGAGAAUGAAGUGAUGGCCUUUUGGUAGAUGUGCUUUAUUUUUUUAAGGUGCUAUACAUAAAUUCAAAACUGGAAAAAAAAAGAGAGAUAAAGAGAUAGAGAGAGAGAGAGAGAGAGAAAAAAAAGAAAAACAAGUGAGAAUGAAAGGAUUACCUAAACGCUGGUGAGAUGUGUGAUUUCCCAGAGUGGUGAUGAGCCAUGAAGAUGUGAUUUCCUGGUGAUUGGCUAAUUUCCUGCGUACUGUAUUCAUAUGUGUGAGACAGUGAUGUAAAAUAGGUGCUAUGCCAUCUGACUUGGUAGAUUCGUAGAAAGCUGAAGAUGCUAUCAGAAGUGAGUGACAUGGUGGGUGCCAGAUCAAGAGGAGGAUAAACAGCAGUGGAAGCAAGUUCCUUAGGAUUGUCAAGAUGCCUUCCUUGCUAGCUUGUUUCGUGUGUGGUGGGAAAGGGGAGAGUGAUGAUGUGCGGGUGCUCGAUUACCGUCACUCUGCUCUCAGUGACGUGCCUGCAGAUGUGUUUGCCUCAGAACGCACGUUGGAGGAGCUGCUCUUGGACUCAAAUCAGCUGACUGAGUUACCUCGUCAACUUUUCUACUGCCACGGCUUGAGGGAGCUUGGGCUAAGUGACAAUGAGUUGACAUCCCUUCCGCCAGCUGUGGCGUCCCUCAUCAAUUUAACUUCCAUAGACCUCAGCAAAAAUGCUAUAUCAGACAUCCCAGACAAUAUAAAAGGCUGCAAGCAACUUGCUGUGGUUGAUGCUAGCAUCAAUCCCCUGUGUCGUCUACCAGAGGGUUUCACACAGCUGCUUUCUCUGCAAGAACUCUAUCUAAAUGACACUUUCUUGGAAUAUCUUCCUGCUAACUUUGGCCGAUUGUCCAAGUUGAAGAUUCUAGAGUUAAGGGAAAACCAGCUGAAUACAUUGCCAAAGUCCAUCGCACGUCUCACCAACUUGCAGCGCUUGGACAUCGGGCAGAAUGACUUCUCUGAAUUGCCUGAGGUGAUUGGAAGUCUUGGCAACUUGACUGAGCUCUUGUUUGACAAUAACAAAGUGAAGUCGCUCCCACCCAUGAUGGGCAAAUUGAAAAAACUACUUCAUGUCGAUGCCUCAAAGAAUAAAAUAGACUGGGUCUCUGGAGAAGUGGAAAACU